GAGUUCCAGUGGCGGCUGCUCUGUCAUAACAGUGGUUUCCUGGAAGGUUCUCUGGGACAGCUGAACAGGUGAACAAGCCUGACCCUUUAUAAGUUUAGACUAUUUUGCUCAAACCCGCGGAACUCUUCAGGUACUCUCUUUUUAUACUUUGACUGCUCUUUCUUUAUCUUGUAAUAUCCUCUUUUCCUCGAGAGAUUUUCAGUCAUGGAUACCCUUUUCCAAGAUUUCCCCAGUUCCAUGUACGGAUUCAAAUUCGAUCAUGGGGGAGUCCCACUGUAUUCAAAUCACAGCCCUGUUAAUGGGUUCGAAGAGAGAUCGAGUCCGGACUCACCUGUCGAGUCAGCUUCAUCAUCGGGGACGACGAGUUCAGAGGGACAUCCUCUGGAUAACGUCCCCUACGCCAACGAAAUGCUCAAGUACAUAAAUGAGAUGCUGAUGGAAGAAGACAUGGAAGAAAAGACGUGUAUGUUGCAAGAUUGUUUAGCUCUCCAAGCGGCUGAGAAAUCAUUCUAUGAAGCCAUCGGCCACCAAUAUCCACUUCCCACGGAUCAAACUUAUCUUAUUGAUUCUCUUGAAAGGACCUCUUUGUUUCCAGAUCUACAAACUGAGACCUCGAUGCCGCCUUUUGAGGGGCUCCCGGGUCCAGAAAGCAACUUAUCGGUGUUGAAGGGGAGGAAGAAUUACCAGCGUGACGAUGGUGAUGAAUUGGAACAGGGGAGGAGCAGCAAGCAGUCUGCUAUUUCCCUCGAUGAUUCAGAGCAAUCGGAGAUGUUCGAUGAAGUGUUGCUUUGCAAGGGUGAGAACGAGGACUCUCCGAGGUGUUCCCUUAGAGCGAGUUCACUGCAAAAUGGGCAGCUCAAAGGGCCUUCCAAAGGUGGAACAACUCGCAGAAAGAAGAACGGGAAGAAGAGUGAAGUGGUGGAUUUGUGGAGUCUACUCACUCAGUGUGCACAAGCUGUCGCCAUUAAUGAUCAAAGGACUGCAAAUGAGAUGUUGAAACAGAUAAGCCAAAACUCUUCUCAAACCGGUGAUGGAACCCAAAGAUUGGCGCAUUACUUUGCUGAGGCACUUAAGACACGUUUGGCCGGCAUGGGGGCUCCAUCGUAUUCACCAUUGAUAAGCAAUAGGACUUCGGCUGCCGACAUCCUUAAAGCUUACGGGGUGUAUGUUUUAGCCUGCCCUUUCAAGAAAAUGGUGAAUUUUUACGCGAAUAAGAAGAUAAUGGAAGUUGCAGAAACUGCAACCACGCUCCACAUCGUUGAUUUUGGCAUUGGUUAUGGUUUUCAAUGGCCUUGCCUCAUACAGCGUCUCUCAGCAAGGGCCGGUGGACCUCCCAAACUUCGUAUUACCGGCAUUGAGUUCCCACAACCAGGAUUCCGACCGGAUGAAAGGGUUGAAGAGACAGGACGUCGCUUGAAAAGGUAUUGUGAGAGAUUCAAUGUCCCGUUCGAGUACAACGUGAUAGCAAAGAAAUGGGAAACCAUCCAACUCGAAGAACUAAAGAUCAACAAAGACGAAGUCGUCGUUGUAAACUGCUUGUAUCGGCUAAAGAACCUCCCAGACGACACAGUGUCGCCGACCAGCGCAAGGGACACUGUCCUAAAACUGAUCAGAAGAAUCAACCCAGAAUGUUUCAUCCAUGGGGUUGCAAACGGGACGUAUAACGCUCCCUUCUUUGUCACAAGGUUCCGGGAAGCACUGUUCCAUUUCUCAGCUCAGUUCGAUAUUUUCGAAGCGAAUGUUUCUCGGGAAGAUCCGCAAAGGAUGAUGUUCGAGAGGGAAAUACUGGGGAGGGACAUAAUGAAUGUUGUUGCGUGCGAGGGAAUCGAGAGGGUGGAAAGGCCUGAGACGUAUAAACAAUGGCAGGCUAGGAUGCUGAGGGCAGGGUUCAAGCCGAUACCGCUGGAUGAGGUGCUUGUGAAGAAAGUGAAGAAUCUGGUCCAAUCUCAUUAUAACAGGGACUUCAUCGUGGAUGUUGAUGGCCGGUGGAUGCUGCAGGGAUGGAAGGGGAGAGUUCUUAUUGCCCUUUCAUGCUGGAAACCUGCUAGGAAUUAAAAUGCAAUGGAGAGCAGCAGGGCAGUAAGUUGCAGAUUAGUUUAUAUUACUCGGUAGACUGAGACACUACCCCAUUUGAUGUAGUUGUAAAUAUACGAGUCCUAGAAGCAAUGGCUUCAUGUGUGUUGAUUGUUAAACCUCAAAUUAGCCGAUUACCAAUAUAAUAUUUCGAAU